CUGUCUGAAGACUUUGAUCAUCAUGGCUGAAUCUGCAACUCCUCUCAUCAACUUGCGUUACCAAGAUGGCAGCGAAGGAAGUCCCUCCAACCCUGUCAAGUUCAAAAAUCAAGACUUUGCUAAGCUCAAAGAUUACUGCCACGGCAGAGGAGGAUUGUUUGUGGACAUGGAGUUUCCACCUAACGGUCGUUCUUUGGGUGACUUGACUGUUGCAAAUAGCGUGAAAUGGCUUCGACCAAGAGAGUUAUUACACAAACAAAAUAACAAGGAUGAACCUGCUUUCAUUGUAGACGGAACAUCACGAUUUGACUUUGGUCAAGGCCAAGUGGGUAACUGCUGGUUUGUGGCUGCAAUAUCUGCAGGGACGUUUCAAGAAAAUCUGAUGGCACAAGUUGUGCCUAUGGAGCAAUCCUUCGAGAAUUAUGCAGGAAUAUUUCACUUCAGGUUCUGGAGGUUUGGAAAGUGGGUAGAUGUUGUCAUUGAUGAUUAUCUGCCAACAAUCAAUAUGGAGUUACUGUCUGUGAGUUCAAAAUGUGGAAAUGAGUUCUGGGCUCCUCUGAUGGAGAAAGCAUAUGCCAAAGUUUGUGGCUCAUAUGCAGACAUGGAGGCUGGGUAUCCAUCAGAGGCCUGCAAAGAUUUCACUGGAGGUGUGAACCAGACCUACACACUCAAGGAGCCCAACUCACCAGAUCAUGGGGAGAUUUGGCUCACACUAAGAAGAGCCACUGACUGCAAAUCACUGAUUUGCUGUGGGACUCCCUCCAAAUUGUUUACCACUGACAGUGACAUUGACCCUGACACUGGAUUGGUGAACUCGCAUGCCUAUUCUAUCACAGGUAUCACUGAGGUGGAUUUAAAUGGCGCUCAAGUCAGGCUGGUGCGAGUCAUGAAUCCACAUGGUGAAUUGGAGUGGAAUGGACGGUGGAGCGACAAGUCAGAUUUGUGGAGCACAGUGAAGCCAGAAGAUCAAGUAAAGUAUUCCGACCGUGACGAUGGAGAGUUCUGGAUGCAGUUGGAGGACUUCUGUUGCUAUUUCAGUGAUUUGUCCAUCUGCAGUGAGACCCCUAACUUUACUGAUGGUGACUUCACAUGUCAGUGGAAAUGUGUGGAUUAUGAAGGCAGCUGGGUAGCAAACAGAUCCGCACUUGUCAACAAGGAUAUCCCUACCUUUGCAUCAAACCCUCAGUAUCGAAUCCAGGUGAGUGUUACAGACAAGGAGGAGCCAAAGAGCAAAAGCAUCUUGAUCUCCCUGAUACAGAAACCUCACCAGGGGUACCGCAAGAAGAUUGUUCCUCAUGAAUUUGACAUCUAUAAGAUUCCACCAGGGACCCCACGACGACACCUGGACAACUCCUUCUUUGACAGCCUCGUGGAGGCGACGCAGGUUUAUAGUAAUGAAAGAGAACUGGUCAAACUACACAAUCUGGACCCUGGAGAGUAUGUGAUCAUCCCAUCCGCCCUGGAAGACUACAUCACUGCAGACUUCGUUCUUACUGUCUACACCAAAGCUGAUGCUAAGAUCAGUGUCUUUGAAGUUGGUAAUGAUGUUGGAGGUGAUGAUGAUGAAGAUAAUGACCAUCUUUCUGAGAUCUGUGACAAAGACAAGGAGAAAGCCACUGAUGAGGAUCCCAACCUGGCUUUAUUUCAGCUCUACACUGAUCAGAAUUGUGAGCUGAGUGCCAGACAGCUCCAGAAGCUCCUGAAGGAAAAUUUCCCUUGUGGAAAUGGGCACAGAGGCUUUAGUCUGGAUACCUGCAGGAGUAUGAUUGCCUUGGUGGAUCUCGAUCAAAGGAUGACAAUGACCACUGCCAAAUUCUCAGUUCUCUGGAAGAAGAUUCAGGAAUACAAGAAUCUCUUCUAUCGCUCUGAUGUGAAUAAAAAUGGAUCCCUGUCUAACCAUGAGCUCCGCAAGGCAAUUGAGGCUGCAGGAAUGAAUGUGAAUGACGGCAUCGUGGGGUUGAUGAUGUUUCGGUAUUCUGGCUCCUCCACCACCUCUUUGGAGAAUUUCAUCACUCUCAUGUUGCGCCUGGAUAAGAUGUCGGGCAUUUUCAAUGGCAAAUCAACUGAUGGAGCGAUCAACCUGACCUGGGAAGAGUGGUUGAUCACCUACAUGUACAACUAGACCAGACUGAAUCAGGAGAGCUGCACGAGAAGAUUCCUCCAAGCAGACUUGCUUU